AGGUUGUUAGGAAGGAAAGCAGCCAACACCGGUGACAGAGUCCCAACUCAAAAUUAUUUUUUCAAGUUUACUUUUUUCUGCGAAUAAUAUGAUGAUAUAUUUCAUGUACUCGUUGCGUAUCUUAUUGUUUUCUGCAUGCAACAAUUUAAGUCUGUUACUGUUCUAUAGACAUAUCAAUCAGGUAUGGGGGCGAAAUUAGUUAGAUUGGGCUUAAUAGUACACUAGUAGUUGCGGAGGUAAGUGUAUUAAUUAUUUAACCCCGCCUAGAAAUCAACAGAAAAGUCUUCCAAAUCCAGCCUCUGGAUUAGUUGGGUUGUCGCUAUGGGAUGCAACUCUAGGAUCUGAACAAGUGAGCUAGCUGAUGAUCUGAUUUUAUCCACGCACGGGAGAUUCUAUAUAUCUGAGCAAAAUAUAGAACAACUCUUGCGGUGUUAACUGAGCUAAAAGUUGUUAAAGAUGAAGUUCGGGAUGGAGUUCAAGUCUCAAAUGGUACCGGAAUGGCAAGAAGCCUACAUGAAUUAUGAUUAUCUGAAAACCCUUUUAAAAGAUACUCAAGAUUUUAAUCAUAAAAAUAAACCACAUCAUCCUUCAUCACCCCUGAAAAGAACUAUGUCUCUGUACAAAUCUUUUAGUGGUCUUACUAGUCUUAGCAGAAGGUACAGUAAUUUAAGAAGUCCUAAAGUAUCAGGAGAAGCAGAUCAUGGGGAUAUUGAAGAUCAAGUCAUACUAGUUACUGCUGUUGAUAAUAAUCAACAAAAUCAUGAUCAUCAUUACGAAACCAAGUUUUUGAAGUCAUCUAACGUUGGAGCUGAAUACGAACUUGUGUAUUUCAGAAGAUUAGAUGAUGAAUUCAACAAAGUGAACAAGUUUUACAAAAGCAAAGUUGAGGAAGUUAUGAAAGAAGCUGAUUUGUUGAACAAACAAAUGGACGCUCUGAUUGCUUUCAGGAUUAAAGUUGAGAAUCCAGAUGGAACUAAUCAUCAUUCCGUCAAUUGGUCAGUCGAGAUGAAUGAACUAACUUCUGGUGUUGCUGCUUCUGCUGCUGCUGUUUCACUUACGUCACCUAGAGUUGCUUCUCCGGCCACUGUCACUAUUUCAGCACUUCCUUCUCCGACCGCAAUGCCGCAUAUGGAUGCUAUUAGUACGGAUGAUUCUGUUCGUGGUGGCAGACGAUUCACUGAUUCAACUAGUACGGAUGCAGUUAGUAGACCAGCUUCAUUAGACGUCCUUAAUCAUGUGACCUUCAACAAUACACUUGAUACACCACGAUCAACCAUAAAGGGAAUGCUUAAAAACAACGAAAUUACUUAUGGAAGAAAGAACCUACAUAAAGUUGAACAGCAACUUCAACAAGCUUUCGUUGAGUUGUAUUCAGAGCUUCGACUUUUGAAGAGUUUCAGUUUUUUGAAUGUCUUGGCAUUUUCAAAGAUCAUGAAGAAGUACGACAAGAUCUCUUCAAGAAACGCAUCGAAAUCUUACUUACACAUGGUGGAUAACUCCUACAUUGGCAGUUUUGAUGGGGUUACUAGGCUUAUGGAGAGAGUGGAAGCUACCUUUAUCAAGCACUUCACAAAUGCAAAUCGUAGCAAAGGCAUAAGAAUUUUGAGACCAGCUGCAAAGAGAGAAAGGCAUAGAACUACAUUUUCCCUGGGUUUCUUUGCCGGAUGCGCUUUAGCUCUCUUGGCAGCUCUUAUACUGAUUGUGCGUGCUCGUAACAUAUUAGGGACGGAAGGGACUACGCAGUACAUGGAAACUUUGUUUCCCCUUUACAGUUUAUUUGGUUUUAUUAUCCUUCAUAUGCUCAUGUACGGGAUGAAUAUCUAUGUCUGGAGACGUUAUCGGGUUAAUUAUCCAUUCAUAUUUGGGUUCAAGCAAGGAACUGAAUUGGGCUAUAGGGAAGUCUUCCUCAUAAGCUCAGCUCUUGCAACACUUGCACUGGCAAGCGUACUCGCAAACUUAGAUAUGCAAAUGGACAAGAACACCAAAGAUUUCAAGACCCUGACGGAAUUAGUCCCGCUUCUGUUAGUCCUUUUUGUAUUUGCAGUAACGGUUUGCCCCUUCAAUAUCGUAUACCGUUCAAGUCGAUAUUUCUUACUCGUUUGUUUGUUCCAUUGUAUUUGUGCUCCCUUUUACAAGGUUGUCCUACCAGAUUUUUUCUUGGCAGAUCAGUUAACUAGCCAGGUCCAAGCCAUAAGGAGUAUUGAAUACUAUAUUUGCUAUUAUGGCGGGGGCGGUUUCAAAUCCAGAGAUAGCUCUUGCCAGAAGAGCGAUGCAUUUAAAGUUUUCAACUUCAUCGUGGGGUCAAUACCAUAUUUAUUCCGUUUAUUUCAGUGCCUGCGCCGUUUAUUUGAGGAGAAAGACGCAAUGCAAGGAUAUAAUGCAAUAAAGUACUUCUCAACAAUCGUUGCUGUGGCCAUCAGAGCAGCUCAUAAAUUGAAUAACACGACAGCAUGGUUCACACUGGCAGUACUGAGUUCAGUAAUUUCAGCUGUUAUUAGCACUUACUGGGAUAUUGUUCUAGAUUGGGGACUUUUCCAGAAGAACUCCAAGAAUCGGUUUUUGCGAGAUAAACUUCUUAUCCCGCAACAAAAUGUUUACUUUGGAGCCAUCGCACUCAAUAUCUUGCUUCGAUUCGCCUGGUUGCAAACUGUAUUCAAUUUUAAACUUUCUUUUCUACAUAUGGAAGCUAUGGUCACCAUCUUUGCUUGUUUAGAGAUCAUUAGGCGCGGGAUAUGGAAUUUCUUUAGGCUAGAGAAUGAGCAUUUGAACAAUGUGGGCAAGUAUAGGGCAUUCAAAUCAGUACCACUGCCUUUUCACUACGAUGAGAAUGAUGACGAUAAAGAUGAGUAAGAUUCACCAUCAAGCUAUGGCCGGAAAUAUCAUUCACGAGGAUUUGAACUAGCCAUAUGAUAAUGCUUGCAUGGAAACAUUAGAAAGCCGUUGAUUUUUCCAAUAUAUCAGAUACCCAAGCCAUUCAUUGUAGUUUUGAUUGUAAAUUAGUACUUUUCUGUAACAUUAGAAAGAGUUCGGAAUCACGCUGGGAAGAGCGAAAGCUGCAAACUCGCUCUUGCUAUAAUACUAAAUAAUAUUUAAAUGGGAAAAAUACGGUUUGGUCCAAAAA